CUAUUGUAUAGAUGCAAGUUGAUAGAUGGUCUGUGUCAAGCCAUCGAAGAUCGCUUCAGCUUGCUCGACUCCAGCACAGUCAUAAAUGCCACACAGGUACUCGACACAACCAUGUGGCCUGUUGCCUCUGACGAAUUUGAAGGAUAUGGUAAUGAACAAGUAGCCACACUGGCAUCCCACUUCGAAAAAAAGAUAACUUCAAUGUGUCCUUCCUUUGAUGUUAAACAAUGCGUCACGGAAUGGAGGUCAUUGAAGAAAAUCCUGAAGAAAAGACAUGGCCUAUCUGUGAAGAAAAUGGCAUGGGGCAUGCUGUUAAUGGCUGAUGAGGAGCUAAGCAACAUCAGUCUCCUCAUUGACCUGGUGUUGAGCCUCCCACCGACCAGCGUCUCUUGCGAGACUAGCUUCUCACACAUGAAGCUGGUCAAGACAAGCUCUCGUCUCAGAAUGAACCAGGCUACCCUGCACAGUCUGAUGACGGUUAAAUUGUGCUCCCCAGAUAUUAAAGAGUUUAAUCCUGAGUCUGCGGUUGAGAAGUGGCUGUUUGAUGCUAUGAAACCUCAUGGCCACAGAAGGCCAACAUAUACCAGACGGUCUCUCUCUUCAAGUUCUCAUGGCGCAGGUGCUGAUGUUGAGGAAGAAGAUUGUGUGGAAAAGCCCUCUGACUCCGAUGAGACAGAUUCAGAGUAUCAAUCCGACGGCGAUUCACAGGAUGGAAUCAACAUGCAUUAAACGUUUUUAUUUCAAUGUGUGGUGAUGUUGUUUUGUUCAUUGCCAAUAGACUCAAUAAACAGUUUUUACAUUCUCAA